UGUUCCUGGCGGCCAUCUUUGAUGCGAGAAGUGAUUGUUUGACGAAUAGAAAUAAUAGGAAAUAAUAAAAAAUAUACCGUGAAAAGUUGGAGGAAUCGUGGCGAAGCUGAAGGGGAUAUUAAGAGGCAAGGUGAAACUCAGGAAAAUCAGCAGAAGAAGGCAUGAAGAAAACAUCAUAGUCAAGAAGUCAUGGCUGAUAAAAGAAAACUUCAAGGUGAAAUAGACAGAUGUUUGAAAAAAGUCACAGAAGGGGUAGAGCAGUUUGAGGACAUUUGGAAAAAGCUCCACAAUGCAGCCAACGCCAACCAAAAAGAAAAAUACGAGUCUGACCUCAAGAAAGAGAUUAAAAAAUUACAGCGCCUUCGUGACCAGAUUAAGACAUGGGUCGCCUCUAAUGAGAUCAAAGACAAAAGACAGCUUGUGGAGAACCGCAAACUCAUCGAGACGCAAAUGGAACGGUUUAAGAUAGUGGAGCGGGAGACCAAAACGAAAGCGUACUCUAAAGAGGGUCUCGGCCUUGCUCAGAAAGUCGAUCCUGCACAAAAAGAGAAAGAGGAGGUCGGCCAGUGGCUAACGAACACAAUAGACACAUUGAAUAUGCAAGUGGACCAGUUUGAGAGCGAGGUUGAAUCGCUUUCUGUCCAGACCAGGAAAAAGAAAGGCGACAAAGAGAAGCAGGAUCGGAUCGAGGAACUAAAGCGAUUGAUCGAGAGGCACCGAUUUCACAUCCGCAUGCUGGAAACCAUCCUUCGAAUGCUGGACAAUGACUCGAUACAGGUGGACUCCAUCCGCAAGAUUAAAGAUGACGUGGAGUACUACCUUGAUUCCUCUCAGGAUCCUGACUUUGAGGAGAACGAGUUCCUCUAUGAUGACCUUGAUUUAGAGGAGAUACCCCUGCCAGUAGUUCCCACGUCUCCGGCAGGUCACCCAGACGAUGAGAUCUUCCAGCACUCCAGUUCUACCCCGACCUCCACAACGUCCUCUUCUCCCAUUCCUCCCUCUCCGGCAACUUGCACUACGAAUUCGGAAGAUGAAAAGAAAAGGGGUCAUUCGACAGACAGUGAAAUCAGUCAGUCGCCUAUCAAGAACGGUAACCAGUCUUCAUCUCUGUCCUCGUCUUCUUCACUGUCCUCCUCAUCCUCGGGAGCCUCUUCCAUUUCUCUAAUCUCAAUGGCGACUCUGGCCAGCAGCGGGAGCUCUGCAUCAGGUAGCAGCAGUCUCUUGGGUAACAUCAGCGUUCCCCUCCAGAACUCUGGCAGCUAUAGUUCAGCAACCCAGCAACAAACACAGCAAUCCCAACAGCAGCACCAGCCCAAAAACUCAGCCUCCUCCCACUCAAACUCAACCUCGGCCAGCAACAGCAUCUUGCUCCCAACAUCCACCUCCACAUCCCCACCCAACACCAGCACACUGGGCCCCCUGACGCCCAGCUCUCAGAGCCAGACCAAUUUGGGAAUGAGUCUAUCUUCCAGUCUUGGCCUUGGGAAGGGGACUUCAGCAUUGACUGGCACAAACCAGAUGCCUAGUCUGGUUCUCUCAGGGAUGCCGGCAUCCUUGAGCGGGUUUUUGAGCGGAUCCACCCCGGCGCCUUAUGCACAAGCGGCUGCCGCAGGUUGUGUGGGCAGUGGACUGUCUUCAGCGAUCGGAACCAAUAUUAGCAGUACAAACUCCAGUGGAGUGGUAACCUCGUUGGGGACUAAUGGAAGUCUGGGCUCCACGAGCCUCUUGGGUUCUGGGUCUGGCAUUUUGGGCCUUGGGUCUACAUUCGCUGCUGUGGAGCCUUUGCCUUUGCUAGCUCCCAGUCCUGUGGGAAGCACACUGACCUCAGGGAGCAACGUGGGAGUUAUUGGAAGUAGCGGAGGGACCUCUGGGACAGCGAACGCAACAGGAAGUGGCACACAACCACGACCACCUAGUGGACCAAAACAAAAUGGUGGUUCAAGUUAUAGUGCUGUGGUAGGAGACAGCACAUCAGACUCCGCCCUCAACAGUGCCAGCCAAUCACAGAACAGCCAAUCCUCAUCCUUAAAUUUAGCUGUAACAAAUCAGCUUAUGGACAGCGGGUCCAGCCUGCUGGGGUCAAUGACACUGGCACCCAGCUCGCCCUCACCGGUGUACAGUGAAAGCAAAGCAGGCGGUGGAAGCCUGCUGAACGGCCCACACUCAUACACACAGCCUGCCGACACCAUCAAGCCUCAGGAGCCUCCAAGCUCUCUAAAGUCAAUGGCAGAGCGAGUCGCUCAAGGCUCAGGGUUAGACGGAGAGCUGUCUGCACUACAUAUCCCCAGUGAUAUAUUCCCAAGCUCCACGGCUCCAUCAGGCACUCCUGCAGCUCCACAGUUGUCUCUGUCAGAGGUCAGUAUCCCUCCAUCAUUGGGUGUGUGUCCACUGGGCCCCGUUCCGCUCUCCAAAGACCAACUCUACCAGCAAGCCAUGCAAGAGUCUGCUUGGGCACACAUGCCUCACCCGUCCGACUCUGAGAGGAUCAGGCAGUACCUAAUGAGGAACCCCUGCCCAACACUGCCUUUUCACCACCAGAUGCCACCUCCUCACUCCGACAGUGUGGAGUUUUACCAGAGACUGUCUACCGAGACCCUGUUCUUCAUCUUUUACUACUUAGAGGGCACAAAAGCGCAGUAUCUAGCAGCCAAAGCCUUGAAAAAACAGUCAUGGAGGUUUCACACAAAGUACAUGAUGUGGUUCCAGAGGCACGAGGAGCCCAAGACCAUCACAGAUGAGUUUGAACAAGGGACAUAUAUUUACUUUGACUAUGAGAAAUGGGGCCAGAGGAAAAAGGAAGGAUUUACGUUUGAGUACAGGUACCUGGAGGACCGAGACCUUCAGUGACGGAUGGUCAACUAGAAAGGAGAAGGACUACUGUCGACAUUCCGGACUGAAUCAAAACACACACACACACACACACACAUGUACACUCUCUUUUAUUCAUCGCGGAGGAGAGCCAGAUGCACAUGCGAGGCUGUUUUAUGUCUCGCUGGUGCAAAAAUGCAUCUGGAGCCCCUCCCUUUCUUUACAAUCACACCUUCCCAUUGGCCACUCCCUUCGUGACUCCGCCCUCUCAUUCAGUCAGACUUAACGACAGUACAUCGGAAAUUUAUGGAGCGUUUUUUUUUUUGCGCCAAAGAAGUUGAUUGUGGUCAAAUAAAGCAUUCAGCUCUUUCAAUAAGUUGAUAGCAAAUUGGUGUGAAUUAUUUAGCUGUGGCUAACAUUCUGCCAUUAUAUCAGUAAAAUAAAGCCAAACUAAUAUGAUUUUUUUAGCAACAGAUGUUUGGUUUAAAGAAAAUAAAUGAUUGGGCACAACUGUUUUUUCUGCUUAUAAAGGGGUUCACCAAAGCCAUUACAUGUUUCUCUUUAGGAAGCUUGUUUUAUUGUCGAGUUAAACCCUUGUAUUACUAUUAAAAUCAAAGCACAGUCAUCACGGGAUAGUUUUUUUAAAACUUGUUUAUUCAUCCUGAUUUUAAUUCAAUUUACAUACCACAGAAUGAUAGCGUUUGGUGGAAAAACAAACCAAAAUUUUACGUUUUAUUUAACAAAAAUCCUGAUUUGACCCUUAGUUGUCAUGCAUGACUAUAUUUUCAUGAGACUAUUAGGAAAGUCCCUUUCAAUCAAAGUCUGUUCACGCGACGACCAUAUGUGCAAGUCCUCCAGGCAGUUCAUUCAAAGACCAAAGUCCAAUCUGAAUGAUUAUGGGACUCCUGAAAUCUCAAAAUAAAAAACAAAAACACUUACUGAAAGCUCUAAUUACAUUUAAAACUCUUUAUUUCCCAUUUUCUCCAGCUACAGCGUGUGCGCAAAGAUACACUGGUCUCCUUUUAUGGAUUUUUUAAUGGUAACCAGAGCACGUGGUUGUAUAUACUGGAAUAACAGAGAAAAUCUGGGGCAAAUAAUUGGCGAUGGCACUGGAAGGACAAGAUAUGUGCUGUGAUGUCAAAAUCACCCGUUACUCCUCAAACAAUUAGAGGUUUUCGUAACGAACAAGUGAAUCUGUAAAGACUCCUCCCACAGAGUUUAAACAUGCGAUUUUAUGUCGUAUGACACUGCGAAAAGGGGCGGGAUUAAACCAGAUGAUUAGACAUUUAAAAAAAGCGAGCGAUUAGUCCAUAUUUUAAAUGUUUGUACAGAGAGGUCAUGUUUGGAUCUUUGAUUGGCCUCACAUAGUCAUGUGAUGCGAUUUUGUGGGUCUGAGUAACCAAGCCUAAACUUUGCAACAAAACUUGCCGCAAAAGUUUGUGUUUCUUGUUGCAUUCGCUUGCGUAUGAAUGGAAGUCUAUAUGGCCAAAAGUGCAGUGUGACCGCUGCUUAACAAUUGGCUAUUUCUUAUGGAGGUGGGACUUUUUAAACUGUUGACUUUAGAAUUGAGCGUAUAGCUGUAGUUUUUGCUAUUCGUACUUGAUUUCCAAACCUGUUUGUUGAGUGAAAUGGACUGAAAUCAUACACUGAUAGCAUCACGAUCAGGAUUUUAGUUAAAUAGUAUGUUAAAAUGUUGUUUGUCUCUCACCAAAACCCCUGAGCACAUAGAAUAUAUAAUGUGUGUAGCAUGCUGUUACACUUUAGGCCAUAUUUUUUAAGUUUUAAAGGGUUAGUUCACCCAUAAAUGAACAUUCAUCAUUUACGAUCCCUCAUGUGGUUCCAAUUAGGGCUGGGCCGAUAAACAAUAUUAUAUCGAAUCACAAUAAAAAUUGAUGUGAAUAACGAUGAUAAGCUCUGGACUUUUUACUCCAUAUUACUCUAAGAGGCAGUCACACAGCAAAAAUGUGCAAUGAGAAUCUAAAAGUGUGUUGAAAUUAAAGAUGUGCCGAAUAUUCGCCCACUGAAAUCAUAUCGAACUAGAAUAUGUUUUGCCAUUUAAUGGACCCUCUAAUAUUUGUAACUUCAGUCAUUGUUUGGAUACUCUUUUAAAUCUGGAAGCAUUAACAACUGAUAUCGAAAUAUGUAUCGUUAUCGUUCAAUAUGGAAAAUAACUGUCGAGACUGCAUUUUUGCCAUAUCGCCCAGCCCUAGUUCCAACCCUUUAUUAGUUUCUUUCUUUACAAGUCUACUGAACACAAAAGAAGAUACUUUGAAAAAUGUUGAAUGCUGCUAGUCACUGACAUCCAUAUUAAGGGGAAAAAAAUGAGUAUGGAAGUUAACGGUUCCUGCUUUUUUCAAAACUCUUCCGUUCAUCAGAAGGAAGAAACUCAAAUAUGUUCAGAGUGAAUCAGAAAAUGAUCUUUGGGUGAACUGUCCCCUUGUCUAUUUAUGAGCAGGACAUUUUUAGGUCCAAUUAAAUAAAACAGGAGCCAAUAGGCAUUACUAGAACAGCAGAGUGAGUAAAUAAUGACCAUCAUUUUAGGGUGAACUAUCCCUUUAAUUCAUACAGAUAAGCUUGUAAUACAUGUCCUAAAUGCUAAUGUUGAUCUUCUAAUCAUGUUAUCACUGUGGAGCCCAAUAAUCAGUUUCUUGAACCAGCGCAAACACGUUAUUUGGACACUCGGAUUUCUAUCGGCAAAAAUACACAGAUAUUUUUCCUUUUUUCUGCACUCCGAAAGGGAAUUAAUGAAUAUGAUCGAAUGUUUAUCUCCAUCUGAAACUCUUUUGAAAGCAGAUUUCUCAUUUCGCAACUUGCCCAGCAAACAAUUUUGUGUUUAUUAGAUGUCAAACAGACAUCUACACGUAGACAGCUUGGCUAAUACAAGACUAAACUUGGGCUGUCAGUGAAAAUCUAAUACUAGUCGUCAAAUAGACAGAUUAGACAGACUUUAUAUGUGUAGUCAUUCAAUUCUGUUUAUUUGACGACUAGUCUAGUUUUGGCCUAUUCUUAGAUGUCUUUUCACUGACAGCCCAAAUUUAGCCUUGUUUUAGCCAAGACAACGAUGUUUAGACAUCUAUUAGACAUCUAUUAGUCGUCUUUUCAAAACAAAAAAAUGCUUGCUGGGUUCAUUUGAGUGGCGGUUUUAUUAGAAAGGGAUGUGGUUGAAAUUUUGUUUCAAUUCAGAACGUAUUGGGCAUUAAAAUACUCAACCUUAUUUUAUCUAAAUGAUUAUAUUUCCGGUCACACUUUACAAUCAGGUUUCAUUAGGUAAUGUAUUCACUAACAUGAACUACUAAAGAACAAUACUUGUACAGCAUUUAAUAAUCAUAGUUCGACAUUUACUAAAUCCAAAUUCAUGCUUGUUAACUUUAAGUUAUUGCACACUUUUCUUCUAUUAACGUCAAGAAAGCUGAAUAAAUACUGUAAUAAAUGUAUCGUUCACUGUUUAUUCGUGUUAGUGAAUACAUUAACUAAUGCAGCCUUACUGUAAAGUGUUGCCAUCUUUCCUAAUGAGCGAAUGGAAGAGAGUAGAAAUGUGAAUUAUACAUAAAUAUUUUUUCCUACCUGGAAAAGUGUUGUACAGAACAUUUGUUCUUCUGUUGACCUCCCCCCCCCCCCAUCCCUCCAUUUAAAUGGCAUGGAAAAUCACGCUUUACAAAGUGGACUGGAGUAAAUAAUAAAACAUUGCAAUGUAAAAUAUAAUAAAAGAAUUACUUAAUAAAAACAAA